GGAAGCCACGUGGCCUGAACAGGGCAUGCUGCGACGCCUGUGUUGUUCUGCCGGAACCUGGGUACCGACUUGCCGAGCUCUGGUGCUCGCUGCCGCUACCGCCGCGCUGGCGUGGCGUCCCGUGUGUUCGGGUGGCAGCGGCGGCGUGGCGGGCUGGCCCAUUCAGCGCAUGACAAACUUCAGCGGCGACAUCCUGCUGGGCGCGCUGUUCCCCGUGCACGAGCGCAACGCCACGUACGAGUGCGGCCGCAUCCAGGACGAAGGCGUCGAGCAGCUCGAGGCGCUGCUCUUCACGCUGCACAAGAUCAACAACGACUCGGCGCUGCUGCCCGGCGUGUCGCUGGGCGUGCUCGCGCUCGACUCGUGCGACUCCACCGAGUACGCUCUCGAGCAGUCCCUGGACUUCGUCAAGGGUUUCAUCGCGCGAAGCAGCGUUGGCUUCGCGUGCGCAGAUGGCUCGUCUCCGGCGUACCGGCACGGAGCCUUCGACCGCGUCGUCGGCGUCAUCGGCGGACAAUCCAGCGCAGUCUCCAUACAACUGGCGAACUUGCUCAGGUUGUUUCGCGUGCCACAGGUGAGCUACCAGUCGACAAGCCCGACGCUGAGCAACAAGCACCGGUUCGGUUACUUCUUCCGGACGGUGCCGUCCGACGUGAACCAGGCGCACGCCAUCCUGGAGCUCCUGCGUGCCUUCCACUGGACGUACGUGUCGGUGGUCUACUCGGACACCGACUACGGGAACAAGGGAUAUGACAAGCUGCAGGAGCUGGCUGCCCGGUACCGCAUAUGCCUCUCCAAUCCCCAGAGCAUCGCGGCGGACCACUACACGGAUCCGGACUACGACGCGGUGAUCCGCAGCCUGACGCACCGCAGCAGCGCCCGGGUGGUGGUGGUGUUCGCCGACAAGGGCGCCGCGCGGAGCCUGAUGCGAGCCGCGUGGCGCCGUCGGGCGCGCUUCGUGUGGAUCGGCUCGGACGCCUGGAGCGGCCUCGAGAGCGUCGCCGAGGGACACGAGGAAGUGGUCGAAGGAGCCAUCACCGUGUCGCCCAUGGUGCAGGAGCUGAGCGGCUUCGACCGACACUUCAGUCAGCUGACGCCCGACAACAACGCGCUCAACCCGUGGUUCCCGGAGUACUGGGAGGCGAAGUUCCAGUGCCGACUGCCGGACUUCCAGGAGACCCCCUUCAACAACCACUUCAGGCUGUGGUGCCCCAGCGGCGGCAAGCGCCUUCGACCGGGCUACCGCGGCUUACAGUUCGUGCGCGAUGCGGCGUACGCGUUCGCGCACGCGCUACACGACAUGCAACGCGACCGGUGCGGCUCGCAGCACCAGGGCCUGUGCGCCGCCAUGGCGCGGGAGAUGCAGGGCGAUGCGCUGAAGCGGUACCUCGAAAAGGUAUCCUUCAAAGACGAAGGAGGCAAGACAUUCCGGUUCCUACCGAGUGGAGAUGCGCCUCCACGCUACAGCAUCCUCAACUUCCAGCGUCUGGAUAACGACAGCGGUGCUGCCGACGAUGGACGGCCUCCGUACGCCUGGAGGAACGUGGGCAGCUACUCGCUUGGUGACGAUGGCGAGGCCAAGCUGGACCUGAACCUGGAGACGCUUCGCUUCAAAGCGGAUGAACCACGAUUCCCGCACUCCUUCUGCAGCGCCCCUUGUCGCCGAGGACAGGCUAAACUACAGCUCGAAGGAGACACCUGCUGCUGGCUGUGCAGCAACUGCUCGCAGUACCAGUACCUGGCGGACGAAUUCCACUGUCGCGACUGCCCCAUGGGGACUGUGCCAGACCCCGAGUCCAAGGCACGCUGCCUGCCGCUGCCCGAAGAGUUCCUCAGUUACGGCGACCCGUGGGCCAUCGCUGCUCUGGCCGUCGCUGCGCUGGGCGCCGCGGCCGUGGUGUUCGUGGCGCUCGUGUUCCGUUCGUACGCCGACACUCCCGUCGUGAAGGCGUCGGGACGAGAGCUCAGCAGCAUGCUGCUCCUCGGGCUGCUCAUGUCGUACGCGCUGACGCCGGUCAUCGUGGCCAAGCCAUCGGCGUGGAGCUGCGCGCUCACGCGCUUCUUUCUGGGCCUCUGCUACGCCGUGUGCUACGCGGCGUUGCUCUGCAAGACCAUUCGCACUGCGCGGAUCUUCGGAGGAGGACGCCGAAGGCUGCGCUACACGAGCCCUCGGUCCCAGCUGCUGUUGGCCGGCCUGCUGAUCAGCGUGCAGGCCACCCUGGCAGCGGCGUGGCUCAUGCUCGAGCCUCCGUCCGUGGCGCACGUGUACCCGAGCAGGGCGCGAAACGUGCUCGUCUGCCAGGGCUCGGACCGUGCCUCGUACCUGCUGGGACUCGUCUACCCGUCGCUACUCAUCGGCGUCUGCACCGUGUACGCCUUCAAGACGCGCAAGUGUCCCGAGGGCUUCAACGAGGCCCGCCACCUGGCGUUCGCAAACUACACCACGUGCGUCAUCUGGCUCGCCUUCCUGCCGCUCUUCCUGCUCUCCGGGUCGCCGACCAUACGCACGCUGGCACUCAGCUUCCUGCUCAGCCUGUCCGGCGCUGUCCAGACCGCUUGCCUCUUCGCGCCGAAGGUGUACAUCGCGCUGUGCAAGCCGGCCAAGAACACGCGCGAGGGUGUCAUGAGUCACCAUCACGGCGGACGCUGUGCCGCGGUUGGCUGCGCCAUGCACCCGCCUUUAGCGCUAAACAACCUGGCCAAGGCUGACAACCUCGACAACAUGGCCGCCGAGGCUGCUGCCGCCACCGCCGCCAUCGUCGCCACCGUGAAGCCUCACCGUGGUCAGAGCAAGACUCUGUGACGCCCCACGCGCAAAGAAGUUACAGUAAAUGGCUGUGCUUGCAAA